AUGCCACCUCUCUUGAUACCCAGCAGUCAUAUCUUUACAAACUCUUACGAUACCUCGGAACACCCUCAUAGCAUCAGCCUGAAUGAUUAUCAAGAUUCGGCGAUGAUUUCUACCUAUCAUGAAUUUCCAAGGGAUCAGCAUCCGCUAAAGGGUGACACGACCUUUCAGCGAGUCCAACAAAUGCACAAGGGUGGCCUCGUACCAUGGGGCAUCUUUCUCCUUAUGAUGUUUAUCUUUCUGAUACGAACGACUGUCUUGCACUUUCAUGAGCAAGAGACAUCUGAUCCUUUCAAAGCGCUUUCAAAAAAUAUCGAUCACUUUUUGAAAUCCAACGAGGAGGCUCAACCGAUAUGGUCCUACUCCGCUUUCUAUGACGAAGAUGACGAUCGAUUACAAGAACAAGGUGCUGCCUUGACUGAUCUGUAUGAGAAACAUGCCAAAAUUUUGUGGAUUGAAGUGGGUGUCAUGCUCUUUGCACCUCACCUGAAUUUACCGAAACUGUUUUCCUCACCGACUAUGCGUGCGGUCCUUCGUCAACAAGGCCGUGUGCUGAAACUUCAAAGUCGGGCGCUCACCAAAAGGUUGGUUGUUGCAAUCACCAAAACCAUCAAAACGGUCUACAAGAACCGUUCCAGGUAUUCCACGCUCAGCGAGUACUCUUAUUACCUUACUAUUGAAGAGUAG